CCUCACAGCAUUACAAAAAGAACAAAGGAGCAGAGCAGAAAAGUCCUUAUGUGCACACGCACACACAACCAUCACUCAGAAUCCACACGCACCAAAGCGCACACAACACCGAUGACACCGAACCGAACUAUCCACAAAACGACACACCACCACAUACACCAAGAACUAUGUCUCUACCCCCCUCCCCCGUUGUGUCCUGUCGCACUCAUCAUCAGUUAGUUAGUCCUUCUGGUCCCUCACAAUGAACACGAUGAAGAGCGCAAUCAUAAAGGCGAAGGCCGCGAGCAGCAGCACAAUCGACACCUGCACACACACCUGCCCCCCUACCUCGUGGUCAGCCUCGCUGUCCGUCCAGUGAAACACCAGCCGACCCAACGCCGUGUAGAAUGCACGCCAUGGCGGCUUGUCCACAGCCGCGGUCGGGGUCGUCUGCUGCUGCGCCGCAGACUUCGUGGUGGCCCCCGGCUCAUCCUCUUCACGUGGGGUGGCGGUGGGCUUCACUUUCUCGGCUGGUCUGCUCCCGUUUGACCGAUCGUCGGUGCGCACCCUGAUGACCACCUGGUGCUCCCUCUCGAUGUGGCGGUGGUCAGCAAUGGCAAUGGGGUGGUCGUCGAUAUCCUGGUCUUGCUGCUCGAGCACGUCCACGUGUGUGCCAUACAUGGCCUGAUCCGACAGCCCCGAGAUCGGGCUCACGCCGUCCGACCGAGCAGCGGCAGCCCUUCCCCUGUCCGUCCACUGCGCGGCUUUGCGCCCGAGAUGGUGGUGGUAGGACACGUAGUUGGGACUGCCUUGGGCGUCGUCGUGACGGCGGUGGUAGUGCGGCACGUGUGAGGGCGAUGGUGAGUGCUGGCGGGACUGGGGUGUGGGGGAGUGGGAAGAGCCGGACAGGGGGUAGGCGCCGGAGACGGGGUAGGGCAGUUCUCGGGGGGACGGGUCGUAGAGGGCACUGAUCACCUUGGCGGCGUUGUGGACGCCCGCACGCUCCAUCAACCUGCACGCAUCGCAUACAUGCAUCGACGGCUUCUGUGUCUCGACGUGCACAGCGCCUUCCUCCGCACCUGAGUUUCAUGGUCGACAGCCGCGGCUUCUCAAGGUCCCUCCUAUCCCUAUGCGGCUCAUCCCUCUCCCGCACCGCAGGCAGCCUCUCCUUGCCCCUGCCGACGUGACUCAGGCCCUCCAUCUGUCGGCCGAUCGGACCUGUCGACGCUCUCGUGGUCGGCGUGGCCCGGCUGCUCACCUUGCUCACAUAGCUCACGUGUGAGGGACCGCUGACGCGUUCGCCCAUCAUCUGCCUCCGCUCGCCAUACACGACGGGCGCGGGGGAGGGGGAGGGGGAGGGGGGAGAGGGGGGUCGCUGGGGCGGGGGGCGGGGUCGUCUUGUGGCCGGGAUUCUGUACGGCUGCGGCGACCGAUCCUGCGCCGGCGACUCGACGUCCGAACGGUCGUAGUGACUCGAGUGUGGGGAGGGCGAGUUGAGGUCGUCUUGGUCAUCCCCACCCAUCACCCGGCGCAUCUGUGUGCCGGUUGGUGGCGGCGCCUUGGGGCCCUUCUUUGCGGACUGCUGGCUGACACGACUGACGUGAGACGACUGGUAGGUCGACGCCAGCUGCUGCCCGCCACCAAAGGCCUCGAAGGACUCGUCCAGUGGCGGCCCCCGAGCAGGCGAGUGGCUGCGCCGCUCCUCCCUCACUUCCCGGCCCUCAUGUCUACGAGGAGGAUGGUACCGCCUCGAGUGCGAGGUGUAUCGAGAGUCAGGAGGCGCCCGCACAGGGUCGCGUUCCUCAGAGUAGGCGUGGUCGCUGCCGUGCCACGGCCUGUCGUCCCUCGCCUCCCUCCUGCUUGGGUAAUCCCUCGGUCGGCUGAAGUCCGAGUGAUUCCGCCGGGGCACAUGUGGCACGUGUGGCGCCUGUGCGUAAGGGGACACCGGCCGGGGCGGUGGCGACACGCUGGAGACUUGUGAGCGCUGGGCGGCCCGCUCCGCCAGCUGCACCUGCAUCCGCCGGACCCGCUCCUUCAGCCUGCACGUUCACACACAGCACAGACGCGAUGUGAACUUGCGAAGGUUUGUGUGCAGUAGCAUUCUCCUUGUCGUGUUGAGUGUUACUCGAGGAGCUGCUCGGAUGUGGACGGAGCGCCGCGAUGGCCGCCGAGGCCUCGGGAGGCAUGAGUACCGUCGAAGUGGGCGCACAUGACGGACGAGGACCAAAAGAAAAAAGAGUCACCGAAUCGAUGGCCUGGGCAUCUCACAGCUUUGGCGGACCGCCCAAGCCCUUCUACGGGGCGCAAUUCCGACAAAUGGC